CUGUGAAUUAGAGAGGAUGACAGGUAUCAGCUGUUAUAGUAAACAAAGUGUCCUGACAUUGUACAAAGAGUUCAGCUAGGACUUUUGCUGAGAUGGACGGUGCAUUUAAUUCCGUUGAAAACAGUCAACCACUCAGCAGUAGAAAUUCAUGUACAGACUACGCGGAGAAUUCCGAUAACAAUGACAUUUGGUGGUACAUGCCAGACUCCGUGCUUCUAAGCAUUUUUCAAUAUCUUACUCCAAAAGAGCUCCUGACAGUCGGAGAAGUAUGCAGAACAUGGCACAGGGUAUGCAAAGACGAAUUCCUGUGGAAAGAUCUCUUUUACCAAACCUAUAAAAUCGAUCCCAACGUGAGCAUUAUGCCUGGAAAAACUUCUUGGCUUGAAGAAUUCAAACGUCUUACUUACCACACUCCGUUGUUGGAAACCGAGAUCCGCAAGGAACACACGAACCAAGUACUGCACGUUAGCUUUUCGCAUAAUGGGCAAAUGUUCACAACAUGCUCCAAGGAUGGCUACAUAAUUGUGUGGGACAGCAGUUAUCCAGCAAGUAUUAAAUACCAUCGAGACAUGAAAACGUUUAGUUGGAAGUACACACAAUUUUCUCAAUUCAAUUCAUCGGAUACCUUGCUUCUCGUAUCUGGAGUUCACUUUGGAACUCCCCACAGUACAUCCGGAGAAAUCGCCGUCUUUAGCCUUGAGCCUGGAUUCAAACUUCAGUGCAGAGUUGUGAAUAAACCCUAUGACAUAUUCGGCACAUGGUACAGCGAGCGACACCUAUUAAGCGGAGAUCUUCAUUGGAUAGCACACUUGGUCAGCACAAGUGUUUUAUGGCUGAACAAAGCUAGCCAAGAGUCAGCCAGUGAACAUGUACCGAUAAUGAAUCAAUUGUAUCGAUUUUACAACAGUAAUGCAUCCUCGAUCAGAGCGGUAAUGGUAGCUAAUUGUUUAUCCCCUGCAUCACCGGAAACUGAAACUCAACAAAAUGAACCAACUUCUGAUGUCAGAGAGGAGAAAGGAAAUCCACCAAGCCAUAGAGAGCUAUCCUCCAUGUCUUCAAAUAAUGGUCAACAGCAGCCUGAAGAACCUGAAGUACUAUAUCAUGCGUCAUCCAGACUGCAAUACAGCACGCUGGAAGGUGGGUUUCUUAACUGGCGGAGGCUCGGCGAUGGGUUUGAGUAUGCAAGUCCCAUUCAGUACAACGAAAAUUACCGACAAGUGGAAAUUGAAAAAGAUGUGACAGAUCAUAGUUGUGAAAAUGAUGAUCUGACGUGGGAAGAAGAAAGCGAGACUACAGAGUCAUCAGAUGCAGAGGAUUGUGACUCUGACGAUUUAGCUGACAGCCCGGAGAAGUAUCUCAUUUUCACAACUGGAUCAAAAACUUACACUCCCCACCAAAUUGGUUUUAAACGUAUCAAACCGAUGAGUUUCCCAAGACGUCUUGAUCCUGGGCCUUCUCUGAAGGAGAGGAUCGCGCAGCGAGAACGUGAGCGCGAGAGACAAAAUUGCGGAUCCCCCAGACCCGAGCCUAAUUGGCUGGACUAUAAUGCUGUUGCAGAUAAAUUUGACAAAGUGGAUCAUCUCAUAGAUCUUCACGGUCACGUUAUCGGAAUGAGUUUAUCUCCAGAUCACAGAUACUUGUAUGUAAAUACAAGACCAUGGCCAAGGGGCUAUGUUAUAACAAACCCGUUGGAACCACCGCCAAUUGCUCAAGAAAUUGAUAUUCACGUUAUCGAUUUGGUUACUCUAAAACAAGUUGGUACAAUGCUACGGGCGCACAAGGCUUAUACGCCGAAUCACGAAUGUUUUUUCAUAUUCUUAGAUGUUUGCAAUGAAUAUGUUGCAAGUGGAGCAGAGGAUAAGCAUGGUUAUCUUUGGGAUCGACAUUACGGAGUAUGUUUGGCUAAACUACCGCAUACUGAUGUCGUAAACUCUGUUGCAUUUAACCCGAGGGAUCCUGAAAUGCUUGUGAGUACCAGCGAUGACUACACAGUUAAAGUUUGGCGGAGUCGAUCAAUGGUCAAAAAGUUGGGGUUGAAUGAAGAAAUGUAUCGCAGGGGAUUAGAAGUAAGAAAAAGAUGCCGGUAUCACAGGAGCAGCUGUAAUGUUGACUGAUUAAAAACUAUUCAAUUUCCAAUUUAAAAACCUUUGCGCAAUAUUAAUUACUAAUUUAGUUUUUCAAGAAGUCCUUUGGAAAAGUUACAUUUUGAAAUGAUUAUAAAAUAAAUUGGAGUACUGGUACAGAGUUAAAAAAAAGGAAUUGAAUCUAAUCCCACCAACUAUGAUCUGAAUUCAGGAAAGGUACGAUGUCUAUUAUAGAAUAGUGCAAUUUUACUCUAUAAAAAUUUGAGUAACUAGUCUAGAUUGUGAUUGACAACUUUUUUACAAACAUAACCCAAUUAGACAGAAACAUUUUGUUGAUUUUGCUGACAUCAAUAUUUAUCUUGCAGGUAUGACUAUUUAUGUACAUGAGUAUACGUUGAUUGGCUAAUACAUCAAUAAUUUUCUAUGUGAAUAUAUGCCGUAUUGUUUCAAACAUAAGUCGACCCUGAAUCUAAGUUGACUUCUGAUUCUGAGACUUUAUUUCGGUAAUUAUUCUUGAAAUAUACUCAUAAAGUCAAUCACUCAUAUAAGUUGAGUACAAAUUUCUUAAAUCAUAUCCAGCACUAGAAACCUCGACUUAUGCUCG